GCGCGACAUUCGGUGCGGGAAUGGAAGUAUUUGGAGAGUUUAUCCGCUACGAAAUCCAUGAAAACCUGUGAGGAAAAGUGCGUGCAACGCAGUUUUCUCGUGUAGUUAGUCAUGUCAGCUGUUCUGCUUGCGGAGAGACACCACUGAGUAGCAUUAGAUAGUGUGAAAUUAGUAUAUUUAGCGCUCACUCCAGGUGACUUUCUUUGUGUUGUGUUUUGGCGUUGCGUCCCCCCACCCCCCGCGGCGCCCCCUUUUUUCCGGGAAACACGCACCACUCGCACACACCGUCUAAUCGUUCCCUGGGGGAGCGACUGUCUGGUCAGGCGAGGAGUGACAACAGAAAGAGAUAAACAGAAGGAAGAGCAUCCGGGAGUUUUGAGGCUACUUGGGGCGCUCCUUCACCAUGACGCAGGACUUCAUUGUCUUUCCCAAGAUCGCCGAGUGCUCCUACGUGUCCUGCUACUGCGAGGAGAACGUGUGGAAGCUGUGCGAGCAGGUGAAGAAGAACAACCCCGGCGAGCUGCCCAAGUGCUACUCGGUGUUCGUCUCCAACGCCGGACGCACGGUGCCGCUGUGGAGACAAAAGGCGGGACGCGGUGAUGACAAAGUUGUGAUAUGGGAUUACCAUGUCUUUUUUAUGCACUGCGUAGGACAGAAUAGAUGCCUGGUGUACGACCUGGACACCACUCUGCCGUUCCCCACGUACUUCCACAAGUACGUCACCGAGACAUUCCGGUCAGAUUUGGCGCUGCGGCCGGAGCACCACAGAGUCUUUCGUGUGAUUCCGGCUGAGGAGUAUUUGGCGGAGUUUGCAUCUGAUCGACGCCAUAUGCGCAGACCUGACAACACUUGGAUAAAGCCGCCACCACCUUAUCCGCCUAUCGCAACGAAUGGAACAUCUCACAGUCUGGAUGAUUUCAUUUGCAUGACGCAGGGAAAAGGCCCGGGUUCGGUGCACAGUCUCUCGCAAUUCGUUCACAUGUUCUACAAACCACCAAACCUACAGCAAAAUUCCACCACGCAGCAAAGCCAGUGAGGUAAAAUCGUGCAGCAUGACUUUAAUUACAUUUAAAUUUGAGGAAGGGAGGGAGAGUAAAUGAUGAGAGAAACACUUCCAAAAAUGAAGACACGACUAAGGAAAAAAAAUCGGUGGCUUUUAUUUGUAAGGCGUAAAGGAAGAGAAGAAAAAAUGAAGUGAAACCUAAAAGGCAAAUAAGACAAAAUUUAAUAAUUAUAUUACUAAUAAAGCAAGUAAUUUUAGGGGUUAUUGAAGUUACCAAAGGACAAAAGAUGUUUGUAAUGCAAUUUAGUGACAUUUUUAUGGGCUGUUUCUGUAAUUUUUCUCCCACCUUUCAACCAAACUUCUCAUCUUUUAUCUCAAAUCUUUAUAAAAGAGAUCUUUUCUCGACCGUGCUUCAGCUUCCGAUGUCGGUUUCACAUCUCAAAAGGUUUUUGCUGAGUUUUCUCGAUAAAAGACUUGACAAUUCUAGAAGUCAAACUAGCAUUUGUACGUUACGAAAAGUGGGGAAAAUGGGUUGGGCAAGAGACGAGAGCACAAGGAGUGAAUACAUCCAAAAAGAAAAAUAUAUCUUCUAAUUAAGAUAAUAAUAUAAGUAUAUAUUGCAAUUUCCAAUGACCUUUCCAAUGUAUUUCUUCCAUUUAACGCGACUUACGAGCAAAUAAUAUAAUUGUUUCUUCGUCUUCUCUAUCAUUGAACAUUGUGUGACAUUGAAUAAGUGUUGAAUCAAAGAGAUUUUUAUCGCAAGUUGAUAUGAAGAAGAGAUGAAAAUUCCACAAGAAAUCAAAUGCUUAACUGUUCUAGUCAGAAAAAUAGUCAUAUUUUACACUAAGGCAAUGUUACUUGUAAAAGCAGAAGGAGAAAAACUUCUUAUACACUAAGAAAAUUUAUGGAGAAAAAAAAACAGUUUGACGAAUAAUUUCACUCUGUGUUCUAUGAUUUUGGCCUACUCUUAUAUUGUUCUCCAUAUGCAAAAGAAGAUGGUAAAAAACUCUACUGAGGAUUAAAGAAAAAGAAAAUACUUAUAAGAAGCUCUAAUCACCUUAAUAUUUACCAAAUAUAUAAUAUAAUCAAUUGAAAGCAUUUAAGAGUGGUGAGGAAAAUAUUGAAAUGAUAUUUAUAAUAAUGAUAUAUAAAUGAAAAAAAAAUUUAAUCUAUUGUCAAUUUAAUGCUAUUCUUCCUUAUAUCACUUGAGAAAGAGAGGGCGUGAAGAAAAAAUGUGGACUAAAAAAACUCGGAUUGACGAGAGUCGGGAUUUAUUGAACCUUUGUGAAAACUUGAAGAAAAAGUCUAUCGUUGAAAAAAAAAUCGUUAACUCUUCUAUGAUAUAUAUUUAUAUACAAUCCCUACAAUUAAUAUAUAUGUAUUUGUUGAAUAUGUACUUGAAUAGCGACAGAAUUGAUUGGAGAGAGUGUCAAAUCCCUCGGACAUUGGCAUUUGUACAUGUAAGAAUUUCUCUUCCUUCAAAAGAAAACCUUUUACAAAGUGUAGUGAAUCUUUCUCUAAUGCCAUAAUCAUCUAAAUGGGACCCAAAUGUUAUUCUUUCACCUCUUCAUUAUUCACUCGUUUAGCACUUUAUUAGAAUGACACAUCAUGAUCCAUUUCGAUGGAAAGCAAUCUUGAAUAAGACGAUGUAUUGAAUGUGGAUUGAUUGAAUUUAUCCACAACAGGCAGUGGCGUAGCAAUUUGAUUGCAAAGUAUUUUUUUUAUGUUUUUAAGCAGUAUUUUCAUUAUUAUUAGUCAUAAUUGUGUUCAUACUGAAGACAAUUCGCAAUAGGACUUUGAGUCACGCGAAUAUUCUUCUCUGUCUUGUGCAAAAACAUCAAGUAUAUUUUGCGAAUAUCAAAUGGUCUGCCUCUUGAACUGACUCAAGUAUUUCCACACUCAAAUAUUUUGUAUUUUAAACCAAGGGGAAGAGAAUAUGAUUGGAAAUGGUGUACAAUUCAGCAAAAGUUUUUUUUUAACUAAUUUAAGACAGACUUAAUUGCAUUCCAAAACAUUCAUUUAUACACAAAAACAAUAUAUUUUAUGAGCAUUUUAUUUCCUUUUCCACGAUAAAUUGGCCAUUUUGAGUUCAUUAUCGAACAACAUAAACUAUUAAUAAGUUCAUUGACAAAUUAAUACCGUCUCUCUUUUCUUUGAUUUUGCAAUGCGUCGGAACAGAAUUACUAAAUAUCUCUCAAUGUUAUUUUCCGAUUAGGGCCAAUAAUGACCACUUAUUUGACUCAAUAACAAAUGAUUUAUCGAUGGAAUUUCAUUUUUAAUUCAAUAUCUCUUACAUUGACCGUGAAUUUUUGUACAGAUUUCAGGCGCACUUUCUUCCCCUUGUUCUAUAAUCUCUUAAGCAAAUGACUUGAAAGUCCAAAAGUUCUUGUUUUCCAUUGAAUAUGUUUGCCAAAACAAUUUCUUUUGCUAUUCUUUAGCACUUUAACGCCUUGUUUUUGGCUACGCAACUGGCAAAGAAUAGUUGAUAAGUAAUAUAAAAAAAAAAACUUGUGAAGCAUUUAUUCAGAGAUCUUUCGGCUUCUUUGAAUCACAUUUCAACUCUCAAGAAAAGAACAAUUAAAGAAUUUCCAAUGUAACUAAAGAAUCAAAUUGUAUUUUGAAGAUUUAUCUUCACCAUAUUUAUUGAAUUAUGAAAACUCUCCGGAAAAGAAGAGCGCGUGGAAAGUAAUGCUGAGCAGCAUGAUGAAAAAAAUGCUGCGAUGUUCUGGAUAGUGACAGGGAAUGAAGAGAAAAGGCAGUCGCUUGCAUAUUCAUGAUAAAAGUUUGUUAAUGAAUCCGUUGUGUUUAAUAAUCCUGCAUUUAAUUCCGUGCGACUUCCUUUCGCACGCGCGCCCAGCGUGUCUUAUUUGCAAGUUCGGGCAAAAACAACUUCAACACAGGCUUCGAUGGCGCAAAAAUACUGUUUUUGACCCUCCUGCUUAACCCCUUUUCUAUCCAGCGCCUCUGUUUGCCAAGGUAUUUUGCCUCAAUAGCACUCGAUGGGAGGAUAUAAGGGACUUUGUACUCGGUCUUGGCAUAAAUUCUCUGCGCUCUCUUUUGUGUCACUCGAGAGGAACAAUCACCUUUCACAGCCCCGUAUCUUAUCAAAUAAUGUUUGCACAAAUUUUUCAUCCGACACUCAACUUCCCUUCGGACAGUGCAUUUCUCACGAAAACCUCACACUUUCGGCAUGCAACAGAAUUUAUGGUGAGACUCGAGCUGAGGCGCGCGCUUUGUGCACGCGGAAUUGUGACAAAAGGCGUAAAAACUCCAAACAAUCUGCAUUUUUCCAAUUGACACAUUCUUCAGCAUUCCUUCACCUGUUGUCUGAAUUGCAAAAUAUUCUCCGCACAUCCUCGAUGUUAAGCCUAAACACAGCGCAAACAACCAUCAAAAUAAACCCCCCUUAAAAAAGAAUCCACCUGAAGAGCACAAGAAGUUAGCGAAGAAUUUAGUUGCGAUGGAAGAAAAAAAGUGUGAAAAUAUGAUUAAUAAAACAUGAAAAAAUAGAGGGAAAAAAACAAGGAAAAAAGUGGAAAAAUACGAAUGUUAACAUUUUUACAUCUUAGCUAAUGAAGAAUUAAAGGAGAAAACUUUAAGUCACAUGAAAGAUUAUGAAGUGGAAAAUAUUAAUUACAGAGCACAAAAAGACGGCGAGUGUAGAAAAAGGAGAAAAAGAAAACAUUUAAAAAAAAGGAAUAUUUGUGAUGUUGAUGUUUAGAUGUAAAAUCUCAUUUAAUGUCUAUUAGAAUUAAUUUCACUCCGUCAAAAAUCAGCAAUUUAUUUAAGUGAGAAUUUUCCUAGUGAAAAAUCGCGAAAGCACAAAAUAACUGUUAAUUUCAUGUUGUUCGCCUCAACCUUCCAAGUAUGAAACAGUUACAAUUGUGAAUUUAAAGAGAACAUUGAAAAGAUUGAGGAUGAAAUGGCAAAAACACAUCUCUAAAAUAUUAAAGAAGAAGAAAAAAAAUAUUGUUGACUGAAACUUUUACUGUAUUUUAAAUAAUGUGAUUUUAGAAUAUUUUUUACUUGCGGGUGCGAAGAAAGAAGCGGUAAUAAAAGUGGAGACUUUAUUGAACACACUCUUGAAGAAGACAAAAAAGGCACACAAUUGUACGUUUCUUUCUUAAUCUACUUUUAAGUGACACUUUUCUUCUUGAUAGCAAACAAAACAGAGAUUUAUAUACCAAAGAAGAGUCACGCUCGAGUUUAAGGAUAUAAAAAAAAACUCUUUUUCCAUUGUUGAUCUUGUACAACCGGCAAAAGCUUGAGAGUUAAUUAAAGGAAGAUGA